CCACUGCUCACGCACUACAAGGAAAUAGAGGCACACGAUGGGCGUUCCAUACAUAGCUAGCAGUGUGACAAUGGCGGUUGAUGACGAUGGAAGUGUGUUGGGAUGCUGAUGCAAUAAGACAGGAUGCCGAUCCAAGCACCACAGUGGACGGAGUUUCUCUCGUGUCCGGUUUGCUACAACGAGUUCGAUGAGAGCGUCCGGCGGCCCAUCAGCCUCGGCUGCGGGCACACCGUCUGCAAGAUGUGCCUGGGCCAGCUGCAUCGCAAGCAGUGUCCGUUCGACCAGACCGAAAUCACACGCGACAUUGAUGAGUUGCCGGCCAACUAUGCCUUACUGCAACUGGUCGGGGCUGAGCUGGCUCAAGAACAGGAAGACAGAUUACCGAGAUCCAUCGUGAAUGGAUACCUGAGGCAUUACGCGGCUGCCAAGAGCUGUGUGGAAGAUCUUGCUUGGUACCUUAAACCCUUAGGCAAAGCUGCCAGUGCCAGUAGCUCCAGUGCCAGUGGUUGUGCCUUGAGUAAACCCAUGCAACGCAAGCUAGUAGCGUUAGUCAACUGCCAGCUAGUAGAGGAAGAGGGCCGAUCACGGGCCAUGCGUGCUGCUAGGUCACUGGGUGAACGGACAGUCACGGAGCUCAUACUACAGCAUCAAAACCAACAGCAACUGUCGGCCAAUCUGUGGGCUGCGGUCCGGGCAAGAGGAUGCCAGUUUCUUGGGCCAGCGAUGCAAGAAGAGACCUUGAAGCUGGUGCUGUUAGCCUUGGAGGACGGAGCUGCUUUGUCUCGCAAGGUCCUGGUCAUGUUUGUAGUUCAGAAACUAGAGCAGCAAUUUCCCCAAGCAUCCAAGACCAGCGUUGGCCACGUUGUUCAGUUGCUGUAUCGAGCAUCUUGCUUCAUUGUGACAAAACGGGACGAAGAAUCAUCGCUCAUGCAACUCAAAGAUGAGUUCCGGAACUACGAUGCUCUGCGAAGAGAACAUGAUGCCCAGAUAGUACACAUAGCAAUGGAGGCAGGACUACGCAUCUCCCCUGAGCAAUGGUCCUCACUGCUAUAUGGAGAUCUGAAUCACAAGUCACAUAUGCAGUCCAUCAUUGAUAAGCUGCAAACCCCGGCAUCAUUUGCAUCUAGUAUCCAAGAGCUGACUAUUGCAUUACAGCGAUCGGCCGACCCAGGACAACUCACUAAGCUGAUUCCCUAUCUGGAUCAGUUAGCUGCUAUAGACCCUAAUCCAGAUGCUGGCAUACCUAGUUGGAGUGAUUUGGAGGAUGCCAUGGUAGCAGUCAAGACUGUGGUCACGGGCUUGGUAGAGUUUGUACAGAAUCACAACAUGAACAAGAAAACACUGGAACAACAGCAGACGCAGAAUAUUAAGUACAAGACCAGUAUGUGCAGGGACAUAACUCAGAAGAGAGGCUGCCCUCGUGGAAACAACUGCACUUUUGCACAUUCUGAGGAAGAAUUAGAAAGGUACCGGGCUAAGAGUCGACGCAUGCUCUCCGCAUUGAACCGUCAGAUGAGCUCCCAGAACAAAGCGUCAGAGGGACCCAGAGCACCCAAGCUCAUUGCCAAGGGAGUCAACGAAGACGGACUGACUUCAGAAGAUCGCCAUCAUUUGUUGGAGCUACAACAGCACAUUGCCUCACGAAGCAAAAGAGAUGAGUCAUCAAUAUCAACCAUGUCAGACACAGACAUGCAGAGGCAUUCAAAUGAUGCUGAAGGACGUCACGAUAUAACCCAAUCCCCCAUACUGCAUUCUAUGGUAAGCAAGGCUGAGCAUCAUCAGGCAAGGCAACCGGCCCUAGUGCCCCCUCCAUCAGAAAACCCAAGGCGCCAAGUAUCCUAUGCAACGUCGACGGACCGACAACGGGGGGAGAGUUACGAAGAGCAGCAAAACCCCCACGUACAGAUUUCAUUGUCAAGCACCUACGUUCAUCCGCCGGGGGCGGUGUGCCACUUGUACACCACGCCUCAGCCAGUGUACAGUCACCAGUAUUCUAAUAACUUCACUGCUCAUACUGGUGCGAUAGAACCGUCCAAUUCAAGUCGGUCAAUGACCAGCCAUGAGACAGUUGGUCAUGACCCCCUGGCCAACUGGGACAUGCCUGACGGACCAUCACGUGAGCCGUAUCGAUACGACCAGGAUUCUGCCAAGCGCACUGUCGGAGCGGGAAAACCAUCUAUGAAAUCACCAGUGAUGCACACAUGGAACGUCAGUGGCAAUAACACACACAAGGAUGUCUCUCUUGGCGAGCUGUGUGAGCGCAAACAAGAAAUCCUACAUCAAUUGAAAGGAUUCAGCAGCGAAGAAAGCAAGAAUCCGUGGGAUAGAAACGAUUGCCUGACCAAAACAGUCACGUCACUCUGGACCAUCCCUUCCGAUUCAGUCUCUAAAAAGACAUCCAGUUUGAGUCAAGAGGACACAGUAUGCUACAAUCCAUGGACAAGCCAAGCCCCGUUCUUGAUGGUGCGACCAGUUAAAGAGACUAACACCAACUACACGAUGACAUACAUCAAGGCACACGUCCGGCACAUGUCGGUGGACGAGCCCCUUGGCACCGUCAAAGAUAAGCCGAUGGGAACCCACGAGUUGUCAGAGUUCAAGAAGAUGUCGUUGCAAGACCUGGAGCACACAUUGCAGAAGGUGAAGCAGGAGGAUGAACACGCAGGCAGCUCUCACCAUGAACGCAGACAUAAAAUUCAACUGGUGAUGGACCGACGAGAACAGCAGAAGAAUACCACAUGGGAAAUGCCUGCAGGAGCCCCUGCCAACACAGUAGACAGGCAAGCCAAGCCGAGAUCGCAUCCCUACACAUCGGAUGAUGAUCAGAGAAACAUGAUGAGAUACUACCAGACAUUCUCAUCAGCACCUCCCCCUGAGCUCCAGCCUACCCGGCAUGGAAGGUCCCCUAUGUUCAAGUCAUCACGGACGGCUUUCAAAUCCACAGGACCCAUCCAGGUUCAUGCUGGUCCUUCACUUGAAACCAACCCUGUCACCUUGACGCAAGAUUGCCAUGUUGCACCUUCAUUCCAGUCUUCACCAAGUGAAGGCUAUCACUACCUUGGUCACCCUACACAGGAUCCAUGUUAUCCUAUAUCACGAUCAAUGAAUACACCUUCAAAGGCACAUGAAGGCGAACAUUUUCAGCCAGUGCAAAGAGAGUGUGAUAUUGAGAUGCAACUGAAAAAUGAGUUGGCGGAUGUGUCCCAAGAAAUCCAAAAGAAGGUCCUGAACAAGAAUGCUCAGGACAUUGUUCUGUUGGAGCAGGCUGCCCAUGCAUUGGAUCCAGGUGCCUUCAUUCCUACAACUCGCCAUCCAGUCAGUGUAUAUGAAUCUGUGAAUGAUGCAGCAAUCGCCAAGCAUCUUCAGCAACAGGAACUGGAGAAAUACAAGGCCCAUCGCAUGCGUAACCUCACUCAGGCGUCGCCUCCACAAACAGACAGUCAUCAUCCAGGUCAUAAGUGAGUAAUAUAUGUACCGGAAAUAACAGCAGCAUGGGGUGAAAUGGUGAGUUUAACAUCACUCUCCAGUAUGGAUUCAUUGCAGUAUUGAUCAUAUGCCAUGUUGAGAGCACUAUCGUCCCAAUCUGUCAUUAAACCAUAUCUCCACUGUGAAGAAUUGCUUAUAGGUAAAAAUAUUGCAUUUUAAAAGUUGAUUAUGCUGAUUUCAUUUAACCAGUUCAGGCCAGGAUUAAUUUGACAUUGACCAGACUGGACAGGCGCUGGGUUGUUUUCAGGAACCUCGAUGCCAGACAGGUUCAGGCCGUCAUCUGCAGGUAGCACACCCUGAUAUUUCUGGCCUCGCUCGCUGCG